AAAAAGGGCUUAUUUUCCACACACAAAACACACGGAUUCAGCAGUCAAACUCACACACGCUCUACCGUCACAUCUCAUCACCACCCCCCUUCCAACGCCGCCGUCACAUCCUACCACCGCCACUCUUCACUGCCACCGCCCCCUCAUUCCGCAGCGCCACCUCAGCCCUACCCUGCUGCUCAGUAUGGCACCUUCCAAGGCGUCUCCAACUACCCUCCGCCUCCGCGGGAUCCUCACCCAGCCAUCGGGUUUCCCCACCCUGUUCCGCCCGACCACUCGGCUCCUCAUCCUCCUUAUUACCCUCAUGGCUACCAAGCAGUUCCUGGUUAUGCAGUUGCUGAAGGAAGACCUGUACGAGAAUCCCGCCUUGGUUGCAGCUGGUGCCUGUUUAUAUUAGGCUUCUUGCUUGCUGCCAUUAGACCCAUUCCCAUUCCGUCAAAGUUCAGAAGUUCUACUUCUCAGUUCCCGCCAAAACUCAAACUACUUUUCAAAACAAUGAUCCCAAAAUCCGUUCCGCGCACACCAUUUCACCGUAAAACCCCUCACCGUCCUCUUCCACCCCCCUUUCCACCACCGCCACCACCGGACCCUAAGGACUCCGCCAUCCUCAUCCGCUUCCGCCACAAGGACUGGCUCACACCAAAGGAAGCCACCGCCCUGGCCAACUCCCUCACAAACCCUUCCUCUGCCGUCACCCUUCUCUCCCUCUACUCUUCCCGCAAGGACUACCUUCCCACCGAGACCUUCUCCAUUUCUAUUAUCACCAAUUUCUCACGCGCUAACCUCCCUCACGCGCUCCAAGGAUUCAUCGAAACCCUCGACCUCUCUGAAUUCUCCGACGACUUCUUCUUUGCCCUAAUUAAGCAUUACGCUCACUGCUUCAACCGUAUUGACAAGGCUGUCAACACGCUCUUCGCCAUGCCCACAAAAUUCAAGUGCUUGCCCAGCACCAGAACUUUUAAUUUUGUCCUAAAUGUUUUGGUCUCAUCACGGUUCUAUGAAGUUGCACACGAGGUUUAUGCGGCGGCUCCGAGGCUGGGGGUUGAGGUGGAUGCAUGUUGCCUGAACAUUCUGAUCAAGGGGUUGUGUGGUUGUGGCAAAUUGGAGGAUGCCUUCAAGGUAUUUGAUGAAUUUCCCCAACUAGGGUGUGAGCCAAAUGUGAGGACUUUUGCUACUUUGAUGCAUGGGUUGUGCGAAAAAGGGGAUGUGGAUGGUGCUUUUGGGUUGUUGGAGAGAAUGGAAAAUUUUGGGGUUGGUGCUGACGUCGUGGUUUUCAAUGUUCUGAUUUCGGGGUUGAGGAAGCAAGGGAGGGUCGACGAGGCAAAGAAGGUGUUGGAGAGAUUGAUGAUGGAAAAAGGAUGUGAUCCCAAUGGAGGGUCUUAUCAAGAAGUGGCGUAUGGGUUGCUUGAUAAUGAGAGAUUUGAGGAAGCCAAAGAGAUCAUGGAGAGAAUGGUGUUGAUGGGGUUUGGUCCUAGUUUCAUGUCUUAUAAAGUUCUUGUGAAGGGUAUGUGUGAGAAGGGUGUGGUUGUGGAGGUCGAUUGGGCUGUAAGGCAGAUGAUGAAGCAGCGUUUUGUGCCAAAGAUGGGAAUGUGGAAGCAGAUUGUGAGGUGUGUGGUUUCUCAAGAUAGUAGAAGUUCCACUUGUGCUUAUCUUGAUAGUGUUUUGGAAGGAUAAACUUGAUGAAAAGUAUAAUACAAUACAAUCUUUCUGCAAAUAUACUCAUUAAGUUGUUUGUGAAAUGAGAACAUCAUGGGACCUUGCUUUUUCUUGGAUGUGCAAUGCAGACAGAGAAUAGACAAACCAAUGUGCGUGGAAGAGGUGGUGAAUUUUAAAUUAAAAUAUUUUUGCAGCAAGGGUGCUAUCAAUGUUUCUGCAAUGUCUCAGUUUUGGAGUGAGAAGAAAUGAGAGUCAAUGGAUGUGCAGAAAAUCCCUCCAAGAUUUACUUCUACUGUUGAUGAAUCAACAAAUACAGAAUCCCAAGCAUACAAACAAUGGCGCACUGAUUAUUACAACCUCACUUCUUGGCUUUUUGCAUUUCUUGAUUCUUUUUUUCAGCAUCCUGUAAUUGGUUGCAGUUUUGCACAUGAGAUUUGGUCUCGCAUUCACACGCAUUUUGCUUCUCGGACGAAGGCUAGGGUUCGACAACUACAACUUCAACCCAAGAUUAUCACGAAAGAAGGUUCAACCACUGAUUAUCUCUUGAAAAUUAAAAAAUUAGUGGAUUAUUUAGCUGCUGUAGGUGCUCCUCUGUCUGAAUCCGAACAUACAAAUGUAAUAUUUGAUGGUUUAAAUGAAGAUUAUCACCGAUUCAUUACAUAUGUUACUGCAAAAGAUCCUGCUUAUAGCAUUCCAGACCUUGAAGCCCUUCUUAUAGCUCAAGAAGACAUUGUGGACAGGUUCAAGAAACCUGAUCAAUCCAUGGUUCAAGUUCACCUAACCCAGGCUCCAACUCAAGAGCCUCGUUCUUCAGAUUCAUCCAUUCUUGGUAAAUAUGGAAGAGGUACAAACGCUAGCUAUGGUAGAGGUUUUCAAGAAAAUUAUGGUAGAGGCUUUCAAGGCCAUCUUGGUAGAGGUGGUAGGAAUAUGCGUGGUGGAAGAAGCCCUUGAAACUCUAUGAACUGCCCUCAAUGCCAGAUUUGUGGCCGCAUGGGACAUGUAGCUCCAUCUUGCUACUUUCGGUCCCCCACAGUAGUCACAAGUUUCCUAGAAUCGAUUCUUACCUCCACCCUCAUCCUUCCACAAUCCUAGAGCAAUGCUUGCAACUCCCACUUUGGUAAGUAAUCCAUCAUGGUAUGUAGACUCGGGUGCUACUCACCAUUGCACACAUGAUUCAUCAAAUAUUCUCCAACCCUUGGAUUACCAAGGUCAAGAACAAGUUUUCACAGGUAAUGGAUCUGGAAUGCCUAUUAAGAAUGUAGGUGAUUCAAUUAUUCACAAUAUUCCUACUCAAGAAAGAUAUAGAUUGUAUGAAUUUAAUCAGUGUCUCAUGUUUUGCUAGAGACAACCAUGUCUAUUUCUCCUUUUAUCCUGAUUUUUGCUUGGUGAAAUCGCAGGCUACCAAGGAGGUUCUUCUCCGAGGCAAGGCUGACAAAGGCUUGUAUAGAUUUGACAAAGCAUACAGGCAUUUAUCUUCGUACUCAUGGGGAGACAAACAGGUUUUCAAACAGUAUAAGUCAUUCAUGGGGAGACAAACAGGUUUCUCUAUUAAAUCAUUUCAAAGUGACAAUGAAGGUGAAUAUCUUUCUACUGCAUUUAAAGGUUUUCUUAAGCAAGAAGGCAUUGCUCAUAAACUAUCUUGUCCUCAUACUCCCCAGCAAAAUGGCUUGGCCGAACGCAAGCAUAGGCACAUUAUUGAAACAGGUUUGGUCCUUCUUACUACAGCCUCUUUACCUCUCUUGUUUUGGGAUGAAGCCUUUUCUACUGUUGUUUAUCUUAUUAAUCGCAUGAAUACUAGUCAUCUUUCAUCACAUGAGCUUCUAUUUAAUCAAAUUCCAGAUUACUCUUCUCUAAAAAUUUUUGGAUGUUUGUGCUAUCCAAACUUGAGGCCAUACACUUCGCACAAACUAGAAUAUCGAUCUCAGCCUUGCAUCUUUCUAGGAUAUGUUAUUAAUCAUCGUGGCUAUAAAUGUUUGUCUAAGGAAGGUAAAGUUUAUGUGUCUCGUGAUGUUGUUUUUGAUGAAACUCGAUUCCCUGGCUUUUCCUUCUUUCCCUCUAAUUCUGAUAAAUCUGGCUCCAUUGGUAAUUACAUUCAUGAACUUCUUCCUCUUAUUCCUUCUGUCCCACCUUCUUCCAUUACCCUUUCUUAUAUCCAUACCAUCUAUAAAUUCGUAUAUUAAUUCUGAACACCUUAAUUCACGUCACCAAGCUUCUGAUUUUGGUCCUUCUACUAUAUCUAAUUCCGCAUCAUCUUCUAAUACCGCACAACCAAAUAACUCCACUCCUCUCACACAUCCUAUUCCUACUAUAAAUACUAUACCUGUUUCACAUACUGACACUUCUUUACCCUUAUCAUUUCCAUCUCCACCUGUCUUUAAUCACCACCUUAUGCUCACUCGAUCAAAAACCGAAAACUUAAAACCCAAGGCACUCAACACUACAACCUCUCCUCUCCAUGCUCAAUCAGAUUCUCUUAUUCCCAAACCUAUCAAAUUGAAUAUAAGGCCUUGGUUUUUCAUAAAACUUGGAUCCUUGUUGAAACCCCACCUGAUGUAAAUAUCAUUGGGUGUAGAUGGAUCUUUGCUGUUAAAAAGAACUCACAGGGUGAGAUUGUUAGACAUAAGGCACGUUUAGUUGCCAAAGGAUUUAAUCAAGCUGCAGUUAUUGACUUUGAUCAGGUAUAUUCACCUGUAAUUAAGCCGGUUACAAUUCGGGUUAUCAUCACCAUUGCUUUAUCAAAAGGUUGGUUUAUCAAACAAUUUGAUUUUCACAAUACAGUUUUUGAAUGGUACUUUAUCUGAAACUAUAUAUAUGCAUCAACCACCUGGUUUUCAACAUUCAAAUCCUAAUCUUGUUUGUAAAUUGCAUAAAGCUUUGUAUGGCUUAAAACAAGCUCUGCUUGCAUGGUACCAUACUUCUACUCUAGCUAAAUUUGGUUUUCAAUGUACUCGUUCGGAUUCCUCUUUAUUCACCAAGUUUUCAGGUUCAAACGUUACAUAUAUUUUAAUAUAUGUUGAUGACAUGCUGGUUACUGGCAACAAUCAAAGUGAAAUUCAGUAUAUAAUUACUCAACUUAAUUCCACUUUUCUCCUUAAGGACCUAGGACAUGUGAAUUAUUUUUUAGGCAUUGAAGCCUCACAUCACUCUUCAGGUCAUAUCUCUCUAAAUCAGACCAAGUAUAUACAUGAAUUAUUACUUAAAUCCGGAAUGCAAUACUCUAAACUUAUGGUUACUCCUCUGAUUCUAAUAACUUAGCAGCUGUGGACAGUGCUCCCUUUGAUGAUCCAACCCUGUUUGGAUCAUUAUUAGGAGGCCUACAGUAUGUGAUUCUAAUUAGGCUGGAUAUUUCUUUCUCUGUUAAUAAACUGAGCCAGUAUAUGGCCUCCCCUACUCAAGCACAUUGGAAAGCUUUGUUACUUGGCAGGAUCCAAUCUUGUCUCUUGGAAGUGUAGUAAACAAACCACUGUGAGCAGAAGUUCUACUGAGGCCGAGUUUCAAGCACUUGCGGUUGUACUUACAGAAUUGACAUGGAUUCAAAAGCGCUUGCUGGAAAUUUGACAACACCCCUCUGCUCGUCCCACAGUCUAUUGUGACAAUAUACUGUUGUCAUGCUCGCUUAUAAUCUGAUUCUUCAUCAUCGAACUAAACAUUUUCAAUUGGACCUCUACUUUGUUCGAGAUAGAGUAACCACGGGUUUAGUAGCUGUUACCCACAUUUCAGGCACUGAGCAGAUAGCUGAUAUCUUCACAAAACCGCUCCCCCAGCUGCUUCCUUUACAAAAUUCUUUGGCAAACUCAGGUUGGCAUCUAAGCCACCGUGAGUUUGAGGGGGCUGUAGAGACUAUGGGUAUGGUCGGCAAGUCAGUUGUAUUAUCUAGUACCUUCCAAGUCUAUUAGUAUAUGUAACUAUAAAAUAGUUCUCUCUCUCUCUCCUUUGUGAAGACACAUUUUGAUUUCAUAUUGAUAAUUGAAAUAUCACAAGCUUUGUUCU